AUGGUAAAGAAGCUUGAUCGUCUUUAUAGCAGAGCUGUAUUUCUCGGGUUCAGAAGAGGAAUUACUCUCCAAAACGAAAACCAAGCUCUCCUAAGAAUUGAAGGUGUUAAGACCAAAGAAGACGCAAAAUGGUACAUCGGAAAGAGAGCUGCUUACGUUUACAGAGCUCAUAAAGCCCAAACCAAGAAGAACAAGCUCACCAAGUAUAGAAGCAUCCAAGGAAAAGUUAUUGCUGUUCACGGAACUAAUGGUGUGGUCAGAGCCAAGUUUGCCCAUAAUCUUCCACCUCAAGCUAUUGGAAAAUUGGUCAGAGUAAUGCUUUACCCUAACAGACCAGCUAUUACUCAUUAA